UCAGAAGGGUUUUUGUCCCUCUUAUAAUGGCAGAGUAUUGGGAGAAGGCGGAGUUUCCGUUCCAAAUUAUUCCCAAACUUGGUGCUAUUAGUAUUGCGGGUGGUACCAUCAAGGGUUAUGGAUGCCCUGGUGUCUCGCUUACUGCAAGUGCUAUUGCAAGUGCAGAGAUUGCUUGGGUCGAUGCAAGUUGCUCAACUUUUAUCUUGGUGCAUUCAUCUCUAGCCAUGCUUACCAUUGCAUUAUGCGGGACAGAGGAACAGAAGCAGAAGUAUUUACCUUCUUUGGCCCAGUUAGUAGCUUGUUGGGAUUUGAUUGAGCCUGACUAUGGAAGUGAUGCGAGUUCUCUGAAGACAACUGCAACAAAGGUCAAAAGAGGAUGGAUACUCGAGGGACAAAAACGCUGGAUAGGAAACAACACUUUUGCAGAUGUAUUGGUUAUCUUUUGCAGAUCCAAAAGGAGGAUCCAGAGGGAGACCUGGAGGGAGGCCAAUGAAAGACGACAGUGGAGUAUGGGAUGGAGAAGUGCCUGAUACAUGGAAACGUGUAGAUAAAGCUGAGCUUGCUCGUUGGGUUCGCGAGAUGAGAGAGUCGAGAACAGCUCCGGUGGCACAGAAGUUUGAGCGUAAAGCAACUGCACCAGCGGGGAGAGUGCUUAACACUCUGC